AUGGCGACAUUGAGAAAGUUAACGCGAACUGCGCGCGCUGAUUACGAUCAGCCGCAGUACAACCGAGACUGUUGCGAAUCCGGACUCGACGUCAGGUGGAUAUUUGAUCAGAACACUCUCUACCGCGGUCGCAUUCUUGGUACAGACCCGGCAGAGCAAGACAAAGAUGUCCAAUUAUUUGCUGGAAUUCUGCGCGUCAUUCCAGGCAAGGUAGACUAUUACUGGCCCACAGAUCAUGAGGAGUCUGGCAUCGUUAUCAGAGGGGAACUUGACCUCGAGGACGAGACAGGAAAGAAGGUCACACUGCACCAAGGAGAGUCAUUUUUCAUCAGGAGACAAAGUCGGAUCAUUUUCUCUGCUAAGCGAUUUGCCCUGAUAUUCAAAUGCAGCUCCUAUGCUGCAGGGCAUGGAAAGUCUAAAGAGCUGAUUGUGUAG